UGCUCGUUUACAGGUGUCUCGGACGAUUUCACACACAGCCACAGUACACAUCAACCGUCGUCGGUGUUCCCCGUACGUUAAUCUCGUUUACGGUUGUCGGUGGUGCCGGCAAAUAAGUGCGCCUUUUGUCCAACGGUCGGUAAAAAAUACCGAGGAGAAAUAUUAAGCUCGGGAAAAUGUCGGUUUUGCAGUGAUUAUUUUUUAGAUAAUUUAAAGAGGAUAGCUAAUAUGAAACGUUAAUUGAACAUUUCAAAAGUACCGAGGGUUCCAUAUGGAUGCACACUAGCCCAUUAUCGUUUAAACGUAUGCGGACGUUAAAAAUUUGCUAAAAAACUUAAAUUACUUUUUCCGAGUCACGUAUCAUAGACGACUGACUAAGCGUGACUGUUGAAGUAUAAAUCAAGUGCUAACAAGAAACAUCUACUGCAGUUCAUGUCGGAUGUACUCUGUAACGAAUAAAAAACAUCAAACAUUCCAGCAAUGACAUAUACAGUAGUAGUAUAAUUUGAAUUUGAUUACAAGUUGUGUGCCUAUAAGCCCAAAAGGACAGAUAUGCCAGGACCACGUCGAUUUAGCAGUGGCGCUAUGGGGGGAGGUGGUCAAUCGUGGGAAAUGGGUGAAAGACGGUAUUCCGUGGCAGGCACGGAUCCUCAUGUAAGUCACCAUGCUGUCACAUCGAUGGGGCCACCUGCUUCUGAAGAUUUACACGCGUGGAGUAUUUAUAGGCAAAACUUAAAUUCCGACUUUACGGAUUCCGCCCUGGGUUCUAGUGAAAAAUCUCCGCUUCCCUAUGGUAACUUUCAGUUGCGUGAAUCUACCGUACAAUCUAUACUAAGCCAUCCUCGUUAUGGACCUAAGUAUGAUGUGCAUAAAUCACCUUUAGGAUCGAAUAUGUACACAUAUUUGAAGUUUGGACUUCCAAGAGUAUUUCCACCAAACAGUCGUAAAGACGGAUCCAGUGGUUACGAUUCUAGUGAUGAUGGUGGUGGUCCCGUUAGAGUUCAACAAAGACCCUAUACGAGAACUAGGAGUGACCCAGAUUUUUGCAAUCAUACGCUCUAUCACGGUGGUCCUACUUUGCAGAGGCAACAUCCAGGCCGUCGAGGAAAGAGUAUUAGUGAAGCUAACUUGCUAGCACCUCAUGGAUAUUCCGUAAGAAAUGAAAUGCCGACAAUGCGGCGAAGUGUGCAUGAUUUACGAGCAAUGUCUGACAUGAAUUACCAUAACUAUAAUCACCCUCAUCAUUACACUAAUCCUGCUCAUCAUUUUAGUACACAUCGUUUACCGACUGGAAGACCUGCAUCCAUUGCUGUGGUCGGUACGACUGCCACUACACCUAGAGAUAGAAGUAUUAGUAUGAUGAGUAAUUUAAGUCCCAAUCGAUCAGAUAUUUAUGGACAACCGUCUAUUGUUUAUCCGUACUUACAGGUAAGGGGUUUAGAAGUACCUGGAAGUUCAGACGGAAAGAGGCCAAAAAUUCAAGGAAUUUCAUUUGAAGUUCAAGCUGGUGAAGUUAUGGCGUUUAUGAUGACUUCUGAACGAGAAGGAGAAGCGUUACUUAGCAGUUUAGCUAAUCGACAUCCAUGUCAUGUACAGCAUAUAUUGCUCAACGGGCAAAAUGUUUCUAUUUCUACAUUAGCUAAUAGAACUGCAUAUAUACCAGCUGAAGCUAAACUGGCUCCUAAUCUAAGUGUAGCACAAACUCUUGCAUUUUAUUCUCAUUUGCGGAAAGCUCCUGCCCGUGCCAUACCAAAAGUAUCUCAAAAUGACCAAAUGAGUGUUCUAAUUGAAGAAUUAGGACUAGGUCAAGUAUUAAAUACCAAUGUUUCAGAAUUGACUGCUUCUGAAGUCCAAAGAUUAAGUGUAGCGUGUCAUUUAAUGUCAGACGCCGAAAUUAUAAUGCUGGAUCGACCAACCGUAACUAUGGACAUAUUUGAUACCUUCUUUCUAGUCGAAUUUCUUAGACAAUGGGCUGCCGGAGCUCCAACCGGUGUAAAUCCACGAAUUGUAAUAGUGACCUUGCAACCACCUACGUAUGAAAUAUUCACAAUGGUGUCUAGGGUGGCUUUGAUAUCGGUCGGUCACCUUAUGUAUUCCGGUCGUCGCCGUAACAUGUUACCGUAUUUUUCAUCUGCUGAUUAUCCUUGUCCAGCUUUUAAAAACCCAUCAGAUUAUUAUCUCGAUUUAGUUACGUUAGAUGAUCUGUCUGCUGAAGCCAUGUUGGAGUCCAGUCAGAGAGUGGAGCAACUAGCAGACUUAUUUAGAAGACGAGUGAAACCUUUGCCAGAUCCAGGGCCACCACAGCCUUUGCCGGGUAAACCGCGAACUGCAUCUGUGCCAGUACAAGUGAUUGCCAUAAUACUUCGUCAUAUGGCCUAUUCUCAACCAAGAAGUAGUUUAAAUUGGAUUUUCAGACUAUUUAUUGCUGGAUUAUUGUCUGUUAUUAUAGGCGCCAUAUUUUGGGAUAUACCUGCUACUGAUCCUCAACUGUUAUAUGGUGAUAGGUUAGGUUUUUAUUAUAGUACAAUGAUUAUUGGUGCUUUACCACUAAUACUGCACAUUGCUUUGAACGAUACUCACGGCAGUGAUCGAAAUGCUGUUGAAAGUGAUAUAUCUGAUAAUUUAUACAGUCGCUUUGUUUACAUCGUUACUUCGAUAUUAUGCAGCAUUCCACCAUCAGCGUUUGUUUGGAUUGUAUACUCAAUGCCGGCAUACGCCAUGUCAGCUCUUUAUCAGUAUGUAAACGAUCCCGAACCAUUUUUCGCAUAUAUACUAUAUAUUGCGAUUCAUAUGAGUGUUCUUCAGCUGAUAGCCACUGCCUUUGGAUAUUUAAUGCCUGAUAAACUAAGUUCUUCGAUAAUGGCUACUAUUGCAGUAAUGGUGUCUGGUUUGAUGAGUGGCGUACCCUUGAAUUUCAAUGACUUAAAGAAACUUCAAGGAGUGAGAUUUUUGUCGACGUUAUCUCCGACUCGUUAUUUAAUGUUGCCUUUGCUGCAAAACGAUCACGCACAGGAGACUCUAGUAUCUUUAGCCUCCUCACUCGUUUGUCGCAAUAAACAAGUGCAACAUCAAGACAUAAUUGUUCAGUUGCCUUGUCCCACUCCAAAUGGCACUGCAGCAUUGAUUCAUCAUGGUCUUCUAAUGCCCGCUGUUGAUCCAUAUAUAAUGCCACACAAUCAAGAUAAUCUUUGGGCGGGACUUUAUCUGUGGGGAUUUUUUGCUUGUAUAUCUAUAAUACUUUUUACUAUUAUAGGACGAUUUUGUAAUAAACUACAUAAAAAAACUCGUCUUCAGAGAUAACAAUAACUGAAUAUCUUAUGUACAUAAUAUUGUUAAAAUUUUCUAUAUUUAUAUAAUUGCUAAUAAGUAAUUUUUUUUUUA